AUGUCGAUUGUCCAGGAAACGGCCUGCGGCGUCAAUAUCCAACUCGAUCGACUGCAACAGCAGAUUACACGUCCGGAGAAGCUUCUGUAUACUGAAGAUGCUCCCCCGGUGCUCGUUCGUCGCCUGCAAAAUGUCAUCGGGUCUAUCUCGGUGACCUCCAAGACCCAGUCUUUCCUUCCUGCCACUCGUCUCGUAGAUUUGCUUACGGACCCAUCCUUGACGCGUCAAUUACCCGUCCCCGCAGACGUCCGGGUCGAGGCAGAGACUGAGACUGAGGAGCAUGUGUCGGACUAUCUGUGGCUGGUUGCUGCCAAAGCCUCGGUCCAGGCAUCAGGCCUGGUGAUGCACUCCCUGUUGGACCAGACGCUCCGACUUCAGGAAGAGACUUACUACUGGAACGAAGUGCUCGGGUCAUUCUGGAAUAGUGGUCUCUAUACGGCCCAGACAACACCUACACGUCUCUGGCAUUGGUCCAAGGGCCUCCCUUCGCUCCGAAACGCCUCCUCCGCCUCACUCUCGAGGUCCUUGGCGGCUCAAUGGGCACAAUUUUAUCAAAUCGCUCGACAGAGCAUGUCGGAGUCCCCCUCCGACUCAACUGGUCCUCUCCCAUCCGAUCUUGCCGCUCCGAGGCUCGCCAAAAAAGAGACCGCCUCGUAG